CACUGAAAGCAAGGGUGGCGCGCUUUCCCUUUAACUAGCCUUUAAAAUACGCACGGGCUUUGAUGCACAUUUCAAAGUGCUCCUGAAUGGCGAUCUGAUUUUUUUUUCUCUCUCUCCGAAUAUGAAGAAACGCUGAGAUGGCGAGGAGGAGCGUAAAAGGCACGGACACAAACGUUGUCAAUAGGUGGAACAAAAGCCUACGGUGAAAGGAAAUAAAAAAAAAAACUCUAUGUGAGAGAGAGGGAGAGACGGGGGAGAAGGGGGGUGGGUGGCUAUGGCAGUGAUGAAGUGCAAUGGCCUAGAUGUGUAAAACGUCAGGACUUUUUGCUUGACAAUCUGCUCCCUUUGUAUACCACGCUUCUUGCAGCUUUCUUGUGCUACCUAAGCAAUCUGAUCGGGAUAUUUUCCAGGACCGGGAUUUCAACGUCGAUGGUACAUUUCCCCCCUAAAGUGAAACUUAGGUAAAAUGCAUUUUACACUUAAUUUACCUUUGGUAAUUUGUUGAACAAAUUCAUGUCCUACAUGCCGCUAGGCGCAUACAUAAGCUGCAUUUAUAAAAUGCAUGCAAAUGCAUGUGCAGAAGAGGAAACAACCUUUGGAAUACCAUAACUUAAGAAGACGCUACAUUUUGUUUUAAAAAAUAUGGCAAUGACAGACGAAUCUUCUCAUGCGCGGGGAAGAUGCAAAGGAGACAAAACUCAAGCAGCACCCGAUCGCAACGGCUAUGUGAGAGGCUGUGUCGGAGCUCUGAAGAAGGACCUCGGCUGUCAGACCUGGUGGACCUUAGCUCUCGCAGAAGUCUGGCGUUCCAAGAAAGUUUCCUCUGCGUUAUGUAUGGGCUUGCUGUCGGUCAUCCUGGCUCUAAUAGUGAAGUUUGUGAAGGGGGAGCGAGAUUUCAGUGGGGGAGCAUCAGAGGAGAACAACUCGAUUUUGACUGGGUGCACAGAAGAAAUCCACACUGUUUGGUGGCACUCCGCCGCCCCGCUCUUCACCCUUGUGUGCGUCUUCUUUUGGGUGGGCUUGUAUCUGAUCCGCUGCGGGGUCCUGUUUAAGACUGCCCUCUCCCUACUGACCAUCUGCCAUGUGGGUGAAGCGGCUGCCCAUUUUUUAUGGCUGGGAGCGGACGAUCAGCUGCUGUCCUUCUCGGCCACAUUGUUAGUGCUGGCGUGCUUAGCCGCGGGCGCGCUGGUGCUGGCCAAGCUAAAACAGGGCAUUUAUGUCAUCGUCUUUAUCAGCCUUGUCAGGACGCUUUCACUAAUUUCACUGAGUGAAGUCCGAGUCAGUUGGAGACCAUACCUGGCUUAUUUGGUUGGGGUUCUGGGAAUUUGUUUAGUGCGGUAUGCGGACCAGCUGUUACCAAAAACAGGGGUGCUUAAAGAGGACAGUGCUUCAUUGACCGGAUCAAAAGAAGACAUUCCGGUUUUCAAAAGGAGACGGCGAUCCAGUUCUGUAGUUUGUUCAGAUAUGGCUAACAGUCAGUCCGGUAGCAGCAGAAGCCACCGCCGGACGUCCCUGCCAUGUAUUCAGAGAGAUCAGCCCUCAGGAACCAGUGUUGUUGUUGAUAUUGCAGUGAUGGGUGAGGCCCAUGGGCUGAUCACAGACCUCCUGGCUGAUCCUUCACUUCCACCUAAUACCUGCACAUCUCUGAGGGCUGUCAGCAAUCUUCUGAGCACACAACUGACCUUUCAGCCCAUCCAUCGUCCCCGCAUCAACCCACUGGUGUCCUUCAGUGAGAAUUAUGUCCACUCUGACUCAGAAGAUGGGCCAGAAAAAGGGGAGAAAUUGGCCAUACCCAAGCGUCUCAGAAGAAGUCUCCCACCAGGGUUGCUAAGACGUAUUUCAUCCACCUGGACAACUACAACUUCAGCUACUGGCUUGCCUACCAUUGAGCCGGGACCAGUGAGACGAGAUCGUAGUGGCAGCAUCAAACCUGUCCAUGAGGUGUCCUCCUGCAGUCCUGUCACUAGUGAGUCACGGAGCAACUCGGUCUUGCUGACAAUUGCCAAAAGCAGAUCCCUGUCUGCUUCAUAUGCUGCAACUUCUACAAACCACCUGAAUUCCAAAAGACAGAUCAGACCAGGUUGUCCGCCUUCCAACAUGUCACCUCUCAUCUCCCCGUGCCAUUCGCCCAUCCAAGAGACCCUGGCCAAUAGCCCCAUCUGCAAAGGUUCAUCUGUUGAACUUCCUGAUGCAGCAGAUGCACUGGGCAGGCAUGCUGUCAGCACACACAAAGCCCUAAUGCACUCACACUCCCUGGGACAAAUGGCUGUCAGUUCAUUGGUGUGCAGUAGCUGUGGAAGACCAUAUAACAAAAUAAACUUCAAUGAAGGUACGUUGGACAAAGUGGAGAUACCAACAAAUUCACUAAACAGGACAGAUGAUCCCGCUCAGGCAACUUCUGAUUAUGACAGUACUCAUGAAACUAACCACAGUGAUGACAUUGUACCUAAUGAAGACAAAUCAAAGCACUGUAAAGGAAGAUUUGAAUCCAGCAAAGAGUCAAUUUGCAGAUCACACAGACCAGACAGUCUCAUUCUGCAUCCUUUAAUACCACCUGAGGACAAGCCAAUUCUUGCACCUGAGCCUCUUGUAAAAGAAGAUUUGGAUUCAAUCAUGGGUCAGCUAAACAACUGGAACUUCCCCAUUUUUGACCUCGUUGAAAAGACUGGCGGGAAGACAGGAUGCAUUCUUAGUCAGGUGUCAUACAGACUCUUUGAAGACACUGGGCUUUUUGAAACAUUUAGCAUUCCACUGAGGGAGUUCAUGAAUUAUUUUCAUGCACUGGAGAACGGCUACCGUGACAUACCUUAUCACAACAGAAUCCAUGCAACUGAUGUGCUCCAUGCUGUGUGGUUUUUAACAACUCAGCCAAUACCUGGCCUGCCUACUGCAAUAAACGAUCAUAGUUCAAACAGUGAUUCAGAUUCUGACAGUGGGAUCACUCAUGGACACAUGGGGUAUGUUAUAUCCAAAACAUAUGGGAAUCAGGAGGAUCGGUAUGGCUGUUUGUCAGGCAAUAUUCCUGCCCUAGAGCUCAUGGCCUUAUAUGUGGCUGCUGCCAUGCAUGACUACGAUCAUCCUGGUAGAACUAACGCCUUCCUUGUAGCUACCAGUGCUCCUCAAGCAGUAUUAUAUAAUGAUCGAUCUGUGUUGGAAAACCAUCAUGCUGCAUCAGCCUGGAACCUCUUCAUGUCCCGGACUGAAUACAACUUCCUGGUGAACUUGGAUCAUGUGGAAUUUAAGCGUUUUCGUUUCCUUGUUAUAGAAGCCAUUCUAGCAACUGACCUCAAGAAGCACUUUGAUUUCCUGGCUGAGUUUAAUGCGAAGGUAAAUGAUGAUGUUGGAGCAGGUGUAGACUGGUCAAAUGAAAAUGACCGCUUGCUUGUCUGUCAAAUGUGUAUUAAAUUGGCAGACAUUAAUGGGCCAGCAAAGUGCAAAGAACUCCAUCUGCAGUGGACAGAAGGCAUUGUCAAUGAGUUUUAUGAACAGGGAGAUGAGGAGUCAAGCCUUGGUCUUCCUGUCAGCCCCUUUAUGGACCGCUCUGCACCACAGCUGGCCAAGCUCCAAGAAUCCUUCAUUACACACAUUGUGGGUCCUUUGUGCAAUUCCUAUGAUUCUGCUGGCCUCAUGCCUGGCAGGUGGAUUGAAACUGCUGAAGGAGCAGAAGAAGAUGGAGAUACAGAUGACAUUGAAAAUGGUGUGGAUGAUGAUGACGAGAUACCAGAUGAAGAUGCCUCUGAUACCUCUGAUAUUUCUCAGAAGGAAGGACAUAAGAAGCGAAGGAAAAUUUACUGCCAAAUCACUCAGCACCUAAUGGAGAACCACAAUAUGUGGAAAAAAGUGAUAGAUGAAGAACAGAAGCAAGUGGAGCCAAAGGCAGAGGACACAUCAAGGCACUCCAGUUCCUCCGAGACAAUCCCUGCCAUCGCUGAAGAAGAGGAGAGGAGUUCUGUCGAGCUGGAAGACAGUGAGAGAGCCCAGUGGAAGGCCAAAGCUACACCAUCACAGCUGAUGCAGUGUGACCAGUGACCCAGUGGUCCAGCAAGCGGGGUGAGGACCAAACAACCAAUCCACGCAUUGGACUCCUGUUUCAUUUGCCAGCACAUCACUUUUGACACAACACUGUAGAAGUUUUGGAAAUAAUGUGCCUGGAAUGGUAUUAAAGGGGUGGGGUUGGGGUGAUAGGGUGGGUGCCUGGGAUUUACUUUUUCCUUGACUGAACUUUUUUAAUGGGGUCGGGUACAGUAUGAGGAUUUAAGUUUCCGUUUGAGGAAGCUUCCGCACUGCAAUAUGGAUCACACGUCAAACUUUCCAAAAAAGAAAAUAUAAAUAAACCUAGAGUGUGAAUUCAGCAAUCUCUGUGUUUUGUAAGACUUUAUGUAGACCAAUCAAAAUCCACCCUUAAUGAAGAAUCCCUGAUUUUUCAGGAAGACUAAAUAUUUCUAAGGGUAUGGAUUUUUAUAUUUUUUAAAACUUUAACAGGUAUAUGGGUUGAAUAAGAAACUGAAAAAAAAACUGUUUUGAAAGCUUUAUCAGACCUCUGAUACACUUUGCCAAUAUUCAUUGUGCAUUGUAUAGGUGAUGUUUUUACUUUGCUUUUUAUUGAGAAAAAGUGAGUUAUAACCUAUUUUUAGUACUGUAGUACCACACGAACAAACACUGUUUAUUUUUGUUCUCCUCAUGCUAUGAGCCAAACACUUAUUUAAGUUACUUCCUAUCCAGACUAGAAAUGAACAGUUAAAUAAUCAUUUAUUCCUAAUUAUAGGCUAUCAAUAUCAUUACAUUGUAAAUAUGAGAUUUUUUUUUUUUGUUUUGCUUUUGUAGAUAGCAGAUCAAAAAGGGAAGUGUUAUUUUUCAUAUUUGUUUUCUUUUUUUCCAAAAACAGUGUUUUUUAUGCUUUUUUAUGUUUAUAAACCACAAGGCAGGAACUUUAUAAUGUUAAUAUUUGGAUAUGCACAAUUUUCUUCCUCCAGUCUUUUAAUAUACUCCAUUUUAUUUCACAAUUUACCUGGCUAAAUGCUCCCCUCUGCAGAAUAUUUUCACUUCCGUUCCUUUUUUUUUUUUUUAUUAUUAAUUGAAGUUUUAUCCUAUGCUGUUUUCUUUAACAGCUGAACUAAUUUAUCUGGACAAGGAGUAACCUGAAGGAAAGUUUAUCGAUUAUCCUAAUAUGGGUAGCGUACUCAGACUAAUAUGCACCUAUCAAACACUUCAUCUGCUAGUAUAACUGGUCGUCCUAAUUGCUGUUAUUUUUUAUAUACACAGUAGUAGAGCUUGUUUGUCUAACUAAGUUAUAAAUUAAAAGAAAGUAUGUGUUAUUUCAACACUGGUGUACCAUUUCAUCUUGGCCGACAGCUGAGAUCCAGCAAAACAUUAUGCAGACAUAGCAACCAUCUGUCACUCAGCCUCAAACAUUUCAGACAGCGAGCCGUUCGUCUUGCUAUGAUAAGUGUUAUCCUUUGUCAUCACCACACAAGAAAACAUUUUUGAAGUAUUUUUUCCCAGUGCUAACGAAAAAGUUAGUUUACUUCUGCCAUUCUUAACUUGGGGUUAGUUGGAUGGCAUGCAAAGACAUAGUAACAUUUAAAACAUUGUUUCUACCGGACGUGGCCUACUCUAGGGAAUUAAGAGUGUACUGCCUUCUUCACUUGUGCUUCCAUGUUAGUAAAUAGUAACAUUUCCACUGGGUGCUUUGGCUUGAUUUCUGCUGUUGGUGGACAUUAUUCUGUUUACAAUCAUGCAAGCAUAAGUGAUGCAGAAAGUUACAAGUCUUUCUAGAAGAGUACUACAUCUGGAAGAGAUGGGAUUUUGUGGCACAAAUGCUCUUCUUCUACUUAGCAAGCUACAACGUUAAAAAAAAAAAAAAAGAAACCCACUAGAUGUUUAUAAAUGUACAUUUUUCUUUAUUAGGAAAUUGUCAAUCACUUCAUUACUUACAGUAGUUUGUUUUCCAUUUUAGGAAAGGUUCCCUCUCUAAUAAUGAACUACAAUUUAGAGUAAGCCCUGAAAAAGUGUUAAAAAGCCUUCAUAACAACCUGCUGUACUUUAUUCACUCACUUUUUUCUUCUUUAUGCUGACAUCUAUGAUUAUUAGAACUACGUAUUUCCCAAAGGUACAAAAGAGACUGGGAUAUUGAGAAGCCCCACCCUUUAUACAUCAUAAUAUUAUGCCUAUCACCCCAAAAAUCAAUCAUAACACAACUGAAUGAGUCAGACAUCGGAAGAGCCAGUGUUAACUAGAUUUUCUGGUUAGCCAUUUUCCCAUAUCAAUGUGAAAUUAAACCUCUUAUUAAAAAAAAAAACAAAAUUAAUAGAAGCAUUAACAGGCCAGAAUUGUCUCCCAUUGCAUCCCAGUAUAGACCAGGUAUAGCCUGAACAUAUUCACUGUGCCAAAUGAUCAUGUAAAUUGCUUUGUUGUUAUUAUUAUACUUAAUAUUAUUAUUAUUAUUAUUAUUAUACACUUUAUAUUGUGUAUGCAUACUACUACAAUGGUAGAAUUUAACAGAAAUGGUGUUUCUCUGGUAUUCUAACCAGUGUUAGUACUUAGGAUAAAGUGCAAUCCAAAAUCACCUUUCCCUUUUAAUAAGGCUAUGUUUUGUUACCAUUCGUUGAGUAUACUGUAGAAAUUUAAGUUGGUUGGAAUGUCUGUUGUUCAUCUAUGCUUAUUGCAGAGUUCAGUAAUAGUGGCAGCAUUAACCAGUCUUGCUAAAAUGCACCUAUGAAGAGUUAGUUUUGGAACCCAAAAUAACCUUAGAAUAUGUGUUUUAAUCAUUUUAGUCUCCUCCUAUGUGAGGAAGCCCUUUAUUGAGUGGGGUAUACUUUUUUUUAAAACUGCUUCACAUGAAUUAUCAAGAAAGGCAGGUUGUUAUGGGGUUCCAAAUACAAAAUUGACACAUCGGCUAUAGGAAAGAAUAUGCAGUUAAAAGUACCUUUGUUCUCCACUACAAAGAAAAUGUAAUGGCUUGGAUGUGGCAAAUGUUGGCAGUGACAUAAAUUAGGUAUGGCAGCUUCCUUGAUGCUUUUCUUGGGCAUUGAUAAGAUCAGAUAUGACCCAUAUUUGUUAGAUUCUACUCUGGAACUCUGUCUACAUUAGUCAUCAUUGGUAUACUGCUGGUGUCACCAGUUUUAUUUGUUAUUUCACAGAUAUAUACAUAUUUAAAUAUAUGUAUGAAAAAUUUUUGGUAAAGUCUUAAGGGCCCACAGGCAUCUGUUCCUUAGUUACCAUUUUUAUCUAAUGUUAUUUACAAAAUCUGGACACAUAUAGUCCCUAAGAGUGUUUGGCAAGAUACUUUUCCACACAAAUGAAUGUUUCCAUAAUUACAAAUAAAUGUUAUGCCUUUUUAACAAAUCCCAAAGUUCAUAAUGUUAAAAUCCUUCCAACCCUGCCACAUUUUAUGAGGAAUUACUCAUAAAGAUGCCACGGUUUCUGUUCUUGGCAGAUUAUUUUUGGCCAAUUCAGCAUUUUGCAAGAACCCUGAAUAAGAAGGUGAUUAGAAUUCUAUUGACUGCAGUUUCAGGAUAAUGCGACUUAAUACAUGUCACACAUGAUGAUGUAAAAGUAAAACCAUUUUAGAAAAUUAUAAUAAUCAACUGUUUUCAAAUUUUGAUUAUUGUGAAAGUCAAAGGUAAAAAAAUAACAUUGGAUCACAAGUAUCAUCUGUCUAUCAGUUUCAAAAGGAAUCCUCAAAAUCUGCCAUUUUUUGAUUUUAUGAUAUUCAUUUGUUUCAUCAGUUAUAACUGAUUCAACUUUAAUUUGUCAGUUUUGUCUCGAUUUACUGAUUUUGCAAAAUUAAAAUAAUCUGCAGCUAACUGAAAACCUUUAUGUAAUUUGCAAGGAAACAGUAUGCACUAGUGAAGCUACUUGCAGCAAAUAGCUUUGGUCCAAACAUCUAUACAAGUCAAUACUCUAGGUUCAAAUGCAGUCUUUUUGCAGAUAUUAUUUAAGCCAUUAUUGUCCUUUAUCAACUCUUGUCUGGGUCAUGACAGUGAAAUGUUCUGUGAUGAAUGUGUAAGGUUGAAUGUGAGUGUUAGAAAUCUGGCUUCAAAGCUUUUAAAUACAGACUGAAAAGGUGACUGAAGAUAAAUAUGUGCCCAUUCAGAAAGAUUUUUGUUGUUUUUUAAAUUUUUCUAAUUUUUUGAGUUAAACAAUAUUAGGAUAUGCCAAAGUGAAAAAUGAUAAACUAUGUAUACUAUGUUUUGUAAAAAAAAUGAACCCAUGGAGGCACGUAACUUAAGCAAUAUUGUCAACAUUUAUUAUGUUUCUUCAGAGUCUAUCAAAAGUAACAAAUAAAGAUAUAAACUCAGGUUUUAUUAAUAAAUGAAAUGUUAAAGAACUUUUCUCCUA